CGCGGACCCUGUGGAAGACAGGGUCGCCUCGGAGGCUCGGCGGAGACCUCCACCCGGGACCAGCUCGCCCUCCCCGGGCCUCCCCGCGCAGGCCCGCGGCCCCCCUCGCGCUGUAGGCCUCUGGUGUCUGGUUUCCGGGGAGGGCGGGCACCGCCGGGGGAGGGGGGAGCCGCCGGCGCUGCCGAGAUGAUAGAGGUACCAACAACACCUGACACCCAGAAUCUGCUACACCAGCUCAGCACCCUCCUGGAACAGGAGUCGAGAUGUCAGCCAAAGGUCUGUGGCCUGAGACUGAUCGAGUCUGCCCACGACAACGGUCUCAGGAUGACCGCCAGACUCAGGGACUUCGAAGUCAAAGACCUUCUGAGCCUGACCCAGUUCUUUGGCUUUGACACAGAGACUUUUUCUCUGGCUGUGAAUUUACUGGACAGAUUCCUGUCUAAAAUGAAGGUACAGCCCAAGCACCUUGGAUGUGUUGGACUGAGCUGCUUUUACUUGGCUGUAAAGUCAGUAGAAGAGGAAAGGAAUGUCCCUUUGGCAACUGACUUGAUCCGAAUCAGUCAGUACAGGUUUACAGUUUCAGACUUGAUGAGAAUGGAAAAGAUUGUCUUGGAGAAGGUGUGUUGGAAAGUCCGAGCCACCACGGCUUUUCAGUUUCUGCAACUCUAUGCUUCCCUCAUUCAGGAGAAUUUGCCAUCUGAAAGGAGAAAUAGCCUUAAUUUUGAAAGACUAGAAGCUCAACUUAAGGCAUGUCACUGCAGGAUCACGUUUUCUAAAGCAAAGCCUUCGGUGUUGGCCUUGUCCAUCGUGGCCCUGGAGGUCCAGGCCCAGAAGUCUCUAGAACUCACGGAAGGCCUUGAAUGUCUUCAGAAGCAUUCCAAGAUAAGUGGUCGGGAUUUGAUCUUCUGGCAAGAGCUUGUAUCCAAGUGUUUGACUGAAUACUCAUCCAACAAGUGUUCCAAACCGAACAUUCAGAAGUUGAAGUGGAUCGUUUCCGGGCGGACCGCUCGACAGUUGAAGCACAGUUACUAUAGAAUAAGUCACCUCCCAACCAUCCCGGAAACGGUUUCUUAAAUGGGCAAACUUGGUCCUCUGUGUAGGGAAAAAAAAAAGUUUCCAGUGGUAUCAUUUUCUUCUGCAAGUGAAGAAUUGAAAUAUGAUCUUCAAAAUAAGCCAGAUGGAAUUGGAAUAACCUCACUGCUCUAGUCAGCGAGUACUUGAAAGCAUUUAUUGUGUAUGCAGCAGAACCUGCAUUCCUUGAAUUCCUGUAAUCAGUUUAACUCAUUACCUCCCCUUUGAUAAUGGGCAUCAUUUCAAUCAUCAGUGUAGGAAACUGUGACGUCCUUAGAGUCUGAGUCUGUAAGGUAGCAUGGAAAUAGUGGUUUUAUUGCCUAUCUUGCUGUAGGUAAACCCCAAAUAUAACUCCCAAGUAACAUCAGCCAAAGUUGAGCGGCAGGACCAAAACUCGGCCCUGGCUCACGAGCCCUAGCAUUUCAACCUUGGUGAGAAACAAGGUUAUGGACAGUGCUUAUCUUUCUUCAUCCUGUGCUUUAUGUGAUAUGCUUUUAAAAAAUGUAGGUUUGGUCACAUUCUCUAUGCAUUAGCCCUCUAAAUUUCGUUACCUCUAAAGCUCGUUACCAUUUUGUACUCAAAAGUAAAUGUUACCAUUUAACAAACCUACAUAUAAUUAUGAAUCUUAGCUACCAUUACUUUGAGAAGCUAGUUGACAUUUAGGCAAUUUCAAUGCAAUUGGGAUUUUUGUUGACUUAAAUUUGUGGUGUUGAAGAAAAAAACAAAACCCUCUGAAACCUUCCUCUACAACCCUAAGUAUGGAUCCCAUUUUAUAAUGGAUGUAAGCUAUGAUACCUUGAAACACCACAACUACAGAUUAUCACUGUAACCUCAGACCUGGGCAAACUGGCUAAUGAACGCUUAGUACAACUGUGUUUAGACUUGAAUUCACCUGUAUUCAAGGCUAAAGCAUUCAAGGCUAAAGGCACCAAGGUGAAAUAACAACAAACCUAAGAAGGUAAACUGUGAAUCUUCAUUUCUCACUUUGCUCUAACUUUCUAUAUUGGAGCUGUUGUUUCUAACUGGUAUUGGUGAUGGUAAACUACUUAAACAUUAACAUUUUAAAUGAUAAAGUUUAUAUCAAAACCAACAUUUCACGAAUGCACUUUAAGGCUUCAGAGUUAAUAUUCUAGGCAGUAAAUGGCUUCUUGAACUCACAACACAGGUAGCAGGUAAAGGGAUUUUCCUGAUAAAUAUGAGUUACAUUUGAAUUUGCAGGCAUUUUAUAUAAAGCAAAAAAUAAAAAGACCUGGGAAGUUUGGUAUAUCAUCUUUAAUAUUUCUCCUAGAACAGGUGAUGUUUACAUCCAUGGUGAAUUUUUAUAAUCUACUGCCUUAACUCUAGUCCCAUUGUGUUAGUAACUCAAAACUCAAGUGUCACUCUGAAAACUUGUUUUACCUCCACUAAAAUAGCUAAAUAAGCUAGAUAACCCACUCCAGUUUUUACAACAGACUUUUUAUAAAACUGCAAUUGCUUCUAAUGCAGAAUUUUGUUUUUAAAAGAAGAGACUGUAUUUUCACAAACACCCCUCUGUGUCUUAGGAAAGAUCAUCACCUGCAUAAUCACAAGAUGGCAGUAGUAGUGAGGGUUGUUCCUGUUGGCAGGUCAAUUUAAGGAGACGUAGGAAGUGUUACAGAGAGUGCUUGCAUAGCCCGAGUCCCUCCAAAAAGGCGGUUAGCAAUUGACCUGUUACGGAUGAGUGCUGAAGAAACAAACCAAAGCCCCACAGAGUAUGUUUUCCCUUUCUUUUGUAGACCAUGCUUUAUGGGUAGCCUUUCGGUUUCCCCAAAGGGCUGAUUCAUUUCAACAUUUUAAAAACAUCAGUGUUAACUGAGUUGGCAGAUGGAACCUGACCAACUAUUGUUUGGUACCUUUCAAUAAAAUUAUUGAAAUGCAA